CUCAUUGAAGACUGUCACAUUGCUUUGACUGACACCAGAGACCUUUACACAUUUAUCUGCAUUCCAUUCUAUCACUUGUUGGGGAUCCUGAUUGUAACAUGCCUCGACCAUAUCUCUCUCGUGCCUGGUCUAAAGGAUCUGCGGUGUCGACAAGCUCCAUAUCAGCCCGCAGUCACAGUUCCGAUCUGUCUGGCCAUUCUGGUCGCACUCAAUAUACUAAUGCAACCUCAUAUAGCUAUACGAAACCGAUCGUCAAGCACUACGACACUGACCGAACAGAAUACCAUGACGACGAGCCUUCACAGGGUGAACAUGAACAAGGCAUCGACCCUCGAGCCUCCAGCGACACAUACGCCUCCACCACUGUCUCCGAGAAAGAGACACCUCAAACUUCGAACCUGUGGCCAUUAUUAAGACAGACAUGCUACCAACCAGACGCACUCGGCUGUACGCCUUCCGAGUUUGCAGAACUCUUCCCGUCAACGAGAAGGAUCUUGAUUCAGCAUGACGAUACGACACCAGAUGGCAACCUCAACCUUCGAGCUGAUACCGAGAUGACUGUACGGAAAGGCCACAAAGUGAAGCUGACCCUGUUCCACUUUCGCAUGUAUGACCUAGCCGAAAGACACUUCUCCCUUCGCCGAUAUCAGAGACAAUCUGGACGUGAGGUCUGCAGUUCGAAACGAAAAUAUGUAAAACCCUCGGCCAAACCAAUCAGACCAGCAGCACCACCCAGAAAGUCUUCUUUCGGUGUCUCCUUCCCAAAGAUCAACUUCAGGAAAGCGCUUACAGCGAAGUCGGCGUCCCAGAAACCUCAAGAAGACAAAGGCGACGACGUUGACGAGAUUUCCGAGGUCUGUGGUCCUCGGCCAGACGUGGAAGCCACAGUACCCACCGACAACAUCAGGAUAGAGUUCUCCAACUAUGCCCAAGUCGAGCUGAACCGCGAUCCUCGAAACGACAAAAGCGUUUAUGACUUUGAAUAUUGGGGCGAAACAUAUUCUUGGAGACGCAGGGUUUACAAAGAUGGUUCAGAAACGGUGUUUUCGCUCGAAAUGUUCCACUCAACCACCGGAGCCUGUCUUGCUCACAUUACGCCCGACAAACUAUCCGAGAAGCAAAGGCGAAAAGAAGCUGUCCACGGAGGCUGGAUACCGUCGUGCAGUAUGCGGAUCAUGGAAGAAGACAUCUCGAGUGAUCUGGGAGACGUCCUCAUUGCGACUGGACUAAUCUCCCUCACCAACGGUUGCAUCAGGAGACACUGGCAGGAAGCUCACCGCUCUUAGCUGACGGGCACCACCGAUGUGACCAGAGGUAUUGUUCUCCGUGACCCAACCAGGACGAGAUUUCCUUUUGCGGGGUUACACGGACUCAUAGCGGUGUGGAUGCACUACGAAGACAACAUUCCAACGACCGUAUGAUCUUGAGCCAUGGGGUCGCUGUUAUGGCAUCGGCUUGUUCUUGUAUAUUAUAUGCUUUUUGACACGUUCUCUCGAGAUCGAAGACCUGACGUUUACGUGACCACGAAGUGGGUAGGGCUUAAUGGGUCGACCCAGAGUUUUGCGGCGAUGAAGUUCAUAACCAUGACCGCAUGCGAAACCCGCUGGGGAUG